AGCGUGGAAGCGCAGAGCCGCCCCAUCAGCCCUUCGCUCUGGGGUCGUGUGGCUUUCUUGAGAAAGACCUCCCCAAACGUGACCGUGCCGAAGGGGAAGGCAGACAAACCGACGGUGCAAACGUGGCCUGACAGCCUGCGAGACCCAAGUUUCUUUCACGGAGAGAAAGCGAGUGUCGCCACGAGCACGCUUUAGGGAUGCAACAGGGUGUGUGUCCCUGCCGCCCCCGCGCAGGGAGCAGCAGCCGCGGCCGCCCCUGCUCCUGCCCUUCCUGGGGCGGGUUCCCGGGGGCAGGCGGGGCGGCUCGGCCCCCGGAGGAGCCCCGGCCCCGGGCAGGCGCUGCGGGCGGUGCUUCAGGCGGGCGGAUGGCGGCGGAACGGGGAGCGAGGCUGCGCAUCUUCCGCGAUAUAUUAAGAAGAGCAGACAAGAAUGAUGAUGGAAAACUGUCCUUUGAUGAAUUCAAAGCUUACUUUGCUGACGGAGUUCUGAGUGGAGAAGAACUGCAUGACCUUUUUCACACCAUUGAUACACACAAUACUGACAAUCUUGACACAGAAGAGCUCUGUGAUUAUUUUUCAAAGCACCUAGGAGAAUAUGAAAAUGUUCUAGCUGUCUUGGAAGACUUAAACAUAACCAUACUGAAGGCAAUGGACAAAACAAAGAAAGACUAUCAGGAAGCUUCCAAUUUGGAGCAGUUUGUGACUCGCUUUCUUUUGAAGGAGACACUGAACCAGUUGCAAUCCCUCCAGAGCUCCCUGGAAUGUGCCAUGGAAACGACAGAGGAGCAGACCCGGCAGGAGAGAAAAGAUCCAACAAAACCAGAAGUGCUCUCAAUUCAGUGGCCAGGAAAACGCUUAGCUCGAAGGCUUCAGAGGAACAACAGCCUGUCAUCAAAUAAUCCUCAUUCUAGCACAGGUUGGAUUGAGGAAGACAGCCAAUGGGUCAUCCAGAUAAACAGACUCCAGAAGCUAAUUGAUAGACUGGAAAAGAAGGAUCUAAAGCUUGAGCCACUUGAAGAGGAAGUUUUGGAAGAAAAUGCAAGAUCUCACAUAAUGAUCGUUCAGCAUCAAAUGUCUGUGAUAGAAGAAAAAGUGGAGGAAUUCCGUCUUGCCCUGAAGCAGUAUGUGGAAUCUGCUUCUGCUCAAGGUGGCUGCUUGCAUGUUUCCAUACAGAAGUUUCCAACUAAUUUCCGCUUCAUUGUUUAUGAGUUCUGGGAAAACAGCAAUGCCUGGAAUAGCCACCUUCAAAUGAAUUACAGCAAGGCAUUCCAAAGAAGUAAUGUGGAUUUCUUGGAAGCUCCAGAGCUCAUCACAACAAUGCUAGUCCCUGCAUCGUGGUGGGUCCUCAAUAACGACUAGAAGCUGUGGUUCCAAGUAAUGCUAAUGUAUUGUCUUUUGUUACACUAUCAUUCAUAUUGCAGUGUACAGGUGCAUUUAUGAUGUGAUAAUGUUCGUUAUUAUGGAUGGGAUCUUUUCCACUCGAUCCAUUUUAAAAUCUGGAAAACUGCGUAUUCAUUACCUUCUCCUCUUGUGACUAGUUCAGUGAAAUGAAGCAUUCUAAAAACUAAAAUAAGACAACAUGAUAAACUAUUUAUUUUGUAUAUACAGUCCAAACUGUCACAGAAAAGUAUGUCUUGAAUGUAUGACUAAAUAUUUGUGAAAAGUUUUAUUAUUGCAUUAAUAAAUAAUCAUUACUUAA